AUGUUCAGUGGAACGGUGCGCGUUAAGGUGUGUGAGGCUACUGGCCUUAGACCGACGGAUUUUCAGAAAAGGCACAACAUGACCUUCGGGAAGCCUGACGAUCAGCCGAUAGAUCCCUAUGUGUCUAUAGAUGCAGAUGAACAUCAUUUAGACCGCUCCACUACGAAACCCAAAACAUUUGACCCUGUUUGGAACGAAACAUUUUCACAUGAAGUUCAAAGUGCCACUAAUCUAUGCAUCACAGUAUUUCAUGAUGCUGCAAUACCCCCAGAUGACUUUGUUGCUAAUUGCACAAUUCCCUUUGAAGAUCUUAUGCACAGAGAAAAAGAUGCUACAGACUUUUGGGUGGAUCUUGAGCCACAGGGGAAAAUUCAUCUCAAAAUUGAUCUUAAGUGGAAUUCUCAAGCAGCGGGUGCGGCGGCGUCGAGCGGGCCUCGGCGCGAGUUCAAAGAGGGCGCAGGCUUCGCUCGGCGUCGAGGAGCCUUGCGUCGCAGGGUUCAUCAGGUCAACGGACACAAGUUUAUGGCCACCUUCCUUCGCCAGCCCACGUUCUGCUCGCACUGCCGAGAGUUCAUCUGGGGCCUCGGCAAACAAGGCUACCAGUGUCAAGUAUGCACGUGCGUGGUGCACAAGCGGUGUCACUCGUCCAUCGUCACGAAGUGCCCCGGCAUGCGAGAAGACCAGAGCGUGUCGGGCGGACAGCGCUUCAGCGUCAACGUGCCUCACCGCUUCGUGGUGCACUCGUACAAGAGGUUCACUUUCUGCGACCAUUGCGGCUCUCUGCUCUACGGGCUCAUCAAGCAGGGCCUGCAGUGCGAAGUGUGCUCCAUCAACGUGCACAAGCGCUGUCAGAAGAACGUGGCGAACAACUGCGGCAUCAACACCAAGGCCAUGGCCGCCAUCCUCAGCGAGAUGGGCAUCACCCCGGACAAGAACCCUCGUCCCAGAGCCUCCAAGUACUUGAACACGCCCAUGUUGGAAGGCGCACCCGAUUUCAUUCCCGAAGACGGCAAAGACGACAGACGGGACGAGAAAGCUGAGGAGGAGGGCGUGGCGCUGUGGGGCUCGCAGUGGAUGGAGCUCAGAGACAUUUUCACCAACUUCGAAGGUGUCCCCGUGCAGCGGACGCGGCGGUCCCCGUGGGACGAGCUGGAAGAUAUUUUCGGGUUCAAUGAAGGCGGGUCGGGCGGGGCGGAGUGCGAGGGCGGGAAAGUGUCCCUGGACGACUUCCACUUCAUCAAGGUGCUGGGCAAGGGCUCCUUCGGGAAGGUCAUGCUGGCCGAGAAGAAGGGCACCGACGAGGUGUACGCGGUGAAGGUCCUGAAGAAGGACGUGAUAAUUCAGGACGACGACGUGGAGUGCACACUGACGGAGCGGCGCGUGUUGGCCUUGGCCGCCCGCCACCCCUUCCUCACGGCGCUGUACUGCGCCUUCCAGACGCCCGAGAGGCUGUUCUUCGUCAUGGAGUACGUGGACGGAGGGGAUCUCAUGUUCCAGAUACAGCGGGCUCGGAAGUUCGACGAGCCCCGGGCCAGGUUCUACGCGGCGGAGGUGACGCUGGCCCUGCAGUUCCUUCACUCGCACGGGGUUAUCUACCGAGAUCUCAAGCUCGACAACAUUUUACUCGACAGCGACGGCCACUGCAAGCUCGCCGACUUCGGCAUGUGCAAGGAGGGUAUCAUUGACGGAGUCACCACGACCACGUUCUGCGGGACGCCCGACUACAUCGCGCCCGAGAUCCUGCAGGAGCUGGAGUACGGCCCGUCGGUGGACUGGUGGGCGCUGGGCGUGCUCGUGUACGAGAUGCUGGCGGGGCAGCCGCCCUUCGAGGCGGACAACGAGGACGACCUGUUCGAGAGCAUCCUGCACGACGACGUGCUGUACCCCGUGUGGCUGUCCAAGGACGCCGUGUCGCUGCUCAAGGGCUUCAUGACGAAGAACCCGGCGCGGCGGCUGGGCGUGGCCGGCGGCUCGUCGGGCAUCCUGGCGCACGCCUUUUUCCGAGACGUCGACUGGGACGCCCUGGCCGCCCGGCGUCUGCGCCCGCCCUUCCGCCCCAAGACGCGCGGCCGCCGCGACGCCGCCAACUUCGACGCCGAGUUCACCAAGGAGGAGCCGGCGCUGACGCCCGUGCCGCACGACGUCCUGCGGGCCAUCAAUCAGGAGGAGUUCCAAGGAUUUUCGUUCGUGAACGCGGACUUCAACCCGCAGCGCGACGAGCGUCCGACCCAGUGA